AUGGUCGAAAAGCAGUCCUCUGUGCCCCGUUGGUCUGCUGAGGACAGCUUCCCGAGCGUGGGCUUCAAGAUGAUUUCUCCGUUGUGUAUUUUGGGGUCGGUUUGCUGUCUAGUGCUUCUCCCUGGCCUCUCAGAAGCCAAAUCCUUGUUGAAUGCCAUCAAGCAGGAAGAGAUGGUCCCGGUGAGCCAUGUUAACAUCGACUCAGAGAAAGCCAACAGCUUUCUGACUCACUCCAGGCCCAAGCGGAACGUGGACCCCCGGUGGUACAGAACGACCCCGGACUUCCAGGCUUACUACAGAUACUACAGCAGCAUCGGGCACACCGAGGGGCUGUAUGAGAUCGACAAGCUGAGGAUGCUGUACCAGCAGAUGAGGUACCUGGAGCAGACCUACGGCCCCGAUGCCGCUUAUUACCAGAGCAAACUGGGGGUGCCCACGGCCAUGUGCGACCCGGCCACCGACAAGAAGUGCAAAGCGCCCCCUGCCCCGCAUCCCGUGAAAGGGGUCCCGGCGACCCCUCCUCCUCCCCUUAUAGCCCCCAGCAUUUCCCAGGCCGACGUCCUGUACCUGUGCAACCCCAGGGACCCCCUCUGCAAGCCCCACAUCGUCUACCUGCCCAGCGGUGCCGUGCCCGUGCUGUGCGACCCCCGCUACCACCCCCACUGCACGCCCCAAAAGGCCCCCCCUCCUCCCAUCGUAGUCAAGCAUCCUCCUCCUCCGAUGAAGAAGUCUGCCCCACCCCCUCCGGUGCUCGUCAAGAAGUCCCCCCCGGCCACUCUCCGUGUCUUCAAGGGGAUGGAGUACGACUGCGACCCCUACUGGGACCCCGACUGCCUGAUCGACCACCCCCCCAGGCCCGUCAAGGGGAAGGUGCUGGUCCCAGCACCACCACCUCCACCCGCCGAGGAAGAAGAGGAAGAGGAGGAACCUGCAGAGGAGCCAGAACCUCAUCCUCCCAAAGAGAAGAGGCUGACCGCGUACCCGUACCCUUACUACUACCCUCACCAUCCCUACGACCCCAGAGAUGAGCUGUACGACCCGGCCCGCUUCCAGUACCCCCAGCCGGCCGACCCCGCUGACCAGCCGGCGGAGGACAGCCCCUGA